UGUCCUAUAAUCUUUGCUAGUAAUGACAAAGGGGCAGCGACAUUGAAAACCCUUUCAUUCUGACUCUUCUCCUUCAUACUUUCAUAGCAUCAAUCGAUUCAAAUAAAAAAAAGUUCUAGUGUUUUAACAUUGACAUCAAAUUAUUUACCUCAUCAUAUAAAUCCCAAAAAAUCGUUUUGAACAUCAUUUGUUUCAUAUAUUAAUAAUACAGAUUUUCACACACCUAAAAAGACUAUCCUCAAGCAAAGAAUAUCUUCGUCAAUCUAUUCAUGUGAACCAUUUUUUCUUAAGAAACUCAACAAAAAGGUUAAGAAAAUGGAAGUAGAAGGAUCAUUAUUUGAGACAACAGAAAUGGCAGCAAACUUGUUAGUAUCAACAAAUCUAUUAGUUGACUCAUGGAGAUUAUGCAGCCUUGCAAACUCCUCUGUUUCUGAUGCUUUUGUUGUCCAACAAAAUGGCCCAAUAGGGCUAAUGGGUUUUUCGGGCCUGCCUGAUAAUUCUUCGGGUUUGGGUUUGGGUUUGGGUUCGGGUUCAUUCGUGGAAGACAUGGUUGCACUUCAAGAUGUUGAUGGUAACGGGCUGUUUUGCGGGCUCCACGGCCAUGGAGAUCAUGGUGAUGAUGAGGAGCUUGUUAUGGUUCAUGUUGGGUAUUUGCAACUUUUCUUCGGUAUUUAUGACAAUCCUGGUUUUCAAUUUCAGAUAAAAACACUAGUAGAGAAUAGCAAGUCAAUUAUAGUCACAGGACACUCUAUAGGAGGAGCAAUAGCAUCACUAACAGCAUUAUGGCUGCUCUCCUACCUCCAAAAUAACCCUUCUCCUCCUCCGCAGAUCCUCUGUAUAACCUACGGUUCACCCCUCCUAGGCAACAAAUCUCUCGCCAAAUCGCUCCUCCAACAAAGAUGGACUGAAAGCUUCUGCCAUGUGGUGCAUAAAAGUGACAUAAUUCCUCGGCUUCUCUUUGCUCCCUCGCUUCAAACCGAACCUCUUUCCUUGUUUCAGUAUAUUCAAUCAUCAAUAUCAUGUCAACCAGGCCAAGUGCGCGUUCAUGUAACUGAAGAAAUGAAGGAGCAAUUGUUUAUGUUUGUAUUGGAUAACACUGAGGCAAUUGCAAAAACAUGUGCAGAAAGUAUGGAGGUUCCUACCCGGGUACUCUGGCCUUUCGGAAAUUAUCUGUUUUGUUCAGAAGAAGGAGCAGUCUGUGUUGAUGAUGCUGUAACUGUUGUUAAGUUUCUGCAUUUGAUACUUGCAGCUGGGAAUUCGACUUCGUGUUUUGAUGAUCAUUUUAAGUAUGGUGUUUGUAUAGAGAGAAUGUCUUUCCAAUUUCUGAUGAGAAAAGGGUUUAUACAAGGAGAUAAUCCUACAUCAAGCUAUGAAGCAGGGAUUAAAUUAGCAGUGGAGUCUACAGGAUUAGCAAGCCAGGAAUCAGUUUUUAAAGAAGCUGAAGAGUGCCUGAAACUGGGGAAACAAAGGGGUUUAACUCCAAAUCUGAACAUUGCAAGGUUAGCCAUAGCUCUUGCCAAAAUUACACCUCAUAUGGCACAAAUAGAGUGGUAUAAAACGUCCUGUGAUUUGUCCGAAAAUCAAAUGGGAUACUAUGAUUCAUUUAAAACAAGACAAGCAUCAAAGAGAGACAACCAAGUUAACUUAUUCAGAAUCAAGCUAGCAAGUUUUUGGGAUAAUGUGAUUAGCAAGAUAGAUAACAAUGAACUUCCUUAUGAUUUUCCCAAAAAGCGAAAGUGGGUGUAUGCUUCUCAUUCUUAUCAGCUCUUGGUUGAGCCAUUGGAUAUUGCGGAGUAUUACAGAAGCAAUGAGCAAUUGAAGAAAGGACAUUACUUGAUAAAAGGCCGAGAAAGAAGACACGAGCUUUUUGAUAAGUGGUGGAGGGAGAUGAAUAACGGUGAAGAAGAGAACAAGAGGAACACGUUCGCAAGUUUAACACAAGAUUCAUGCUUUUGGGCGCGUGUAGAGGAAGCUAGAGAGUUGCUUGAGAUGGUCAGAAGAGAGACGAACAUGAGUAAUCUGGCUCGGUUAUGGAAACUUAUAGAAGAAUUUGAGCAAUAUGCUAAAGAACUAAUUGACAGCAAGAAGGUUUCCUCUAAUGUCUUAGCAAUGAAUUCAAGCUACAUCAAGUGGGUAGAAGAGCUCAAAGAAUUAAGAUUACAAAUGCAGCAAGUUAUCAAAUCGUAAUUUUCAGCAAUCAGCCAAGCUCGACUUUAUUCCUAGGCGUAUACAUAAGCUUAAUCGAAACCAAUCUCCAUUUCUCAUAUGUACUAGUAAAAAAUUUGACUCGUAUUGCGGCAAUUGUUGCGUACUAAUAGAUACAUAGAAUGAUAUUGAUUUUUCCGAUCAACUCGCAUUCUCCAUUACAUA